AUGAAACACCAAAAUAAGGAAGAUUCUGCGAGCUGCUUGACGGUUGAUCCACUGGAGCACCUGUGCUUGUCCACGCCCUUCCGUCGCAACGCCUUCUCUGAAUCAUUCAUUUCAUCUCUCUCGUCAAAGGACAAGAAUGCUCCAUCGUCGGCGAAAGCCUUCGUCGCCCACAAUGCAAGCUUUUUAUCGUUGUUGUCCUCUGAUGCAAGGGUCCGCUGUCUAGCCAAAGAUGAGACUGGUAACAGCUUCGCUCACGAAGCCGGAGUGUGGGUCGAAUCAUUGAAUGAGGUCUGGUUCACGUCGAACUUGUUCUGUCAAAGACCAGCAUCAGAAACAGAAGGUCUUGCAAAAAUGCGCGUAGAUAUCAGUGCAGUCAACGUCAGUACUGGAGAAGUGCGAAAGCUUCACAUACCUCAAGUCCGAGCGGGCAACGGCGCUUGCCCUUACGGAAGAUUUGUCCUGUUCUGCGAUCAAGGUGGAGAUAUUGAACAACCUUCACAGCUGAUCCUCGUCGACCCUGAAAAUCCACAUAAGGCACAGAAUCUGAUCAACAACUUCUAUGGACGUCAUUUCAACUCACUAAACGAUGUGAUCGUCCUCCCACCUCCACAUGGGCGACAUGCGGAGUCUGUCCAAAUUAGCGAUGACAUCGAGUUUCGCAAAGAAAUCCCCAGAGGUUCCACCAUCUGGUUCACCGACCCUACUUAUGGAUUUGAGCAAUCAUUCAGACCAGCUCCUCAGCUCCCUUCACAAGUAUAUGCUUUGGACCCUCACUCAGGUCGCAUCAAAGUUGUGGCCGACGGGUUUGACCAUCCAAACGGAAUAGCUUUCAGUCCCGAUGGCUCAACAUGCUAUAUCACCGAUACCAGUCAUAUCCACGGAACGGGUAGAUUGGAUCCCCGUCUGCAAAGUACCAUAUACGCGUUCGAUGUCGUCUGGCUAGGAGACGUACAUUCUGCUGGAGGACCCAGCCUGCAGAAUAGACGAGUUUUUGCUUUUGCAGAUACGGGGGUACCCGAUGGGAUCAAAUGUGACGUGAUGGGGAAUGUCUACGCAGGAUGCGGAGAUGGCAUACACGUAUGGAAUCCGUACGGUACACUGAUAGGAAGAAUAGUACUUGGAGCUGCAGAUAGCAACCUGGGAGCUGGCUGUGCAAACUUUUGCUUCAUACCGGGAGGGAAAUUGGUCUGUUUCUCCGAAGAUAGAGUGUAUCUAGUUGAAGGUUUGACAGUAGAAGGAGCUUUGCUUUGA